AAAGAACAAUUCAAUUCAGAAUUACUGCAUGUCGUUUUCUAUCCAGAUAAAGGAGGUCCACAGGCCUGAAGUAUGGGUGUUCUGUAACAGAGCAGAUGACCCCUACUGUAUAAACUCUGCCAUUGCUAUGGGUACAAAAUGUUUAUUUAGGCAAUUAUAUGUAUUGUAUUCCACCAAAUUCCAUUAAGCAUUGUGGAGUAUUUGGCACUGUGCAGGUCCUGUAUUUUGUGUAUGCAGAUACUGGACAGAUCACCAUCCACAGUACUGUAUGAAAUCAAAGCAUUUUAGGGUUGAUGGCAGUUUCACAAAUCAGUAGCCAAACUACAACACCAUUGCUGUUUCAAAAAUUAGAAAUAUUUAAGUCCCAGAGUUUCAAUAAAACAGGAUGUGUUAUGUGGACUUCUAACUUGAGAGACAUUCUGCCCAACAAAUAAAUUGACAGGGGCUCUACAGGUGAGGACAGGGCAUCUCUGUGGUGCUGUAAUGAGAGACAGAAAAAUAAAAAGGAAAUGAAAAACGUGAGAAGUGAAGGAAGUAAACUUUUUAACCACUUCUUUGUAGUCUUUAUUUGUGUAGCUCAAUCAAAUAAUAACUUCAACAUCUAAUUUCUAACAGGGUUCAGUUGAAACCACUGUAGGCUAGACAAUUUGGCCAAUGUCAGCCAACUCUUGUUUCUUAGCACCUAAUAUUACAACUACAGUAUAAUAAUAAAAUGCUAUUGGUGUAAUCAUGUGAUCUUAAAAAAAAAAAAAAAAGCCCACAUAUCUGUGCUCCACAUCUGUGCAAAUCCAUAAAAACAAAUUAUGUAUUUUCCAUUUUGGUCAGGAAACUGGUCAAUGUAGAAUUUAUUACUGUAUGAGGGCAUCUGAAAACUUAAUGGAGCACAUAUCACGUGGCUUUGCAACUAAUACAUUUCAGCCCACUUUGACUAACAAAUGGUAAUGUCUCUUACCAAGAGAAAAUGACACUGAAAUAACACCUUUUCGAGUGUCAAUAGAAAAAUACAUAAUGAAAUAACCUUUUUUUCAAAUUAAGAUCACCUAUGGGAUUUAAGGUAGGUUCGUGUAAAACGCCGAUUUAAUUGUUGGAGGGAAUUGACGAGUUUUAACUGAUUUACAUUGGUUUUUGGUCUAUUUUAGGAGUGAUGAACAAAAUCUGACAGUUUAAACUGAGGACCAAUAAUGACUGGAUCACAUGACGUUUGUUUUCCUAAUUUCACAAUUGCAUUCCACUUCCUAAUUAUACCCUACGCCAUGUGAUUCACGGUGCUGUGGCUGACACUUUCAUCAGUCCUUGUCGUUAUGGCAACAAUGACAGAAUCUUUCAAAGGCAAAGAUAUUAGGAGUGAAAGGAAAGGAAGAGUCAAACAUAAAUAUACAGGGGCCCCGAUGGAGGAAGACUAUGAGAAGAGCAUUAAUGACAUGAUGAUGCAGCUGCAGAACAACUCGGCUCUGUCCAGUAGCAAGUGCGAGAUCGAUCUGCGGCUCUGGAUGUCCAACAGGAGAAGCCUGUCUCCCUGGUCCUACAGAGUAAAUCGCGAUGAAACCCGAAUCCCAACAGACAUACCCGAAGCCCACUGCCUCUGCUCCGGUUGCAUCAAUCCCUUCACAAUGCAAGAAGAUCGGACAAUGACAAGCAUCCCAAUCUACACAAAAAUCCCUGUGAAAAGACAGUUCUGCGAAGGUUCAAAAAGAGGUCAAAAACAAAGGAGGAGGAAGAAGAAAUGCAACCUGAAAUACAGAACUGCCAUGGAGAACAUAGCGAUUGGCUGUACAUGCAUCUUUUAAA